AUGAGCAGAAACUUCUUGUCCAAAAAUGAUGAGCUUUUCAUGGAAGACCAUCUGGUGUCCGGCAACGGAGAGUUUAAGGCUAUCUUCCAGGAUGAUGGAAACUUUGUGGUCUAUGGCUGGCAGCCUGUGUGGGCUUCAGACACUGCAGGGUCAUCCCCUUUCCGCCUGAUCAUGCAGGAGGACUGCAACCUGGUCAUGUACGACGAUGGGGGCAAAGCCAUGUGGCACACAAACACCUCCAAAUCUGACUGCAACAUGUGCCGCCUUCAGCUGACCGAUGAGGGCAAACUGGUGGUGAACAAGGAACAAGAUGAAGUCUGGAACUCUGCUAAAUCCACUGGCAUGAAGUGAUCCAUUGUGUUUGGAAAUCACGUUUUGAGCUUGGGUGAAUAAAAAGCGGGUGCAUUUCCCUCUCAGGCACUUCACU